GACCUGCAGGGGGUGGGAAAGGGGCUGAUGUAGGGCGGCGGUCUGACGGCGGAGGCCGCCGGGGAGCUUGUGUGUUUGUGACAAGCAUCCCUCAUGCUUACAGCGAGGAGUGUCGGGGUGUGGCGUGGAGGGGGCUCAUAAGAAACGGGGGCUCCCACGGCCCGGCCGCCGGCUGGGACGCGAGCCUGGACGGGCAGGCCCCAGCCCCGCGCCCUCUGCGCGGCGCCCCGCGGCGGGACGCAGGGACCAGGCCGCGCCGCACACAACGCGCAAGUCCCGCGCACCGCAGCCCACCGCGCCGGCGGCCGGCCCCGCCUCCCGGUCUGAGCAGAGCAGGUGCGAGGCGGGUCCACACCGCACGCCGCGGCGCGGCGGGGCGGGGCUCUCGGAGGCGGGACCCGGAGCGGGGCGUGCCGUGCGGUGCCGGAGCUAGGUGCUCGGUCCGGCGGGAGUCAGCCGGUGGCCAGCCCGCGGUCCCGAGAUGACGGCCAGCAAGCGAGUGGCGAAGGAGCUGGAGGAUCUUCAGAAGAAGCCUCCCUCGUACCUGAGGAACCUGCUCAGCGAUGAUGCCAAUGUCCUGGAGUGGCACGCGCUCCUCCUGCCCGACCAGCCUCCCUACCAUCGCAAGGCCUUCAGUCUGCGCAUCAACUUCCCCAAGGAGUAUCCACUCAAGCCUCCCGCGGUGACGUUCACCACCAAGAUCUACCACCCCAAUGUGGAUGAAAACGGGCAGGUCUGCCUGCCCAUCAUCAGCAAAGAGAACUGGAAGCCUUACACCAAGGCCUACCAAGUCUUGGAGGCCCUCUACAAUUUGGUGAAUAGACCGGAUCUGGCGGAGCCCGUGCGGGUAGAGCUGGCUGACCUGCUGACCCAGAACCCGGAGCUGUUCCAGAGGAAGGCAGAAGAGUUCACCCUCCAGUUCGGAGUGGACCGGCCCUCCUAAAUUGGGUUUUGACCCCAUCUGCGUGGGAUCCUCUGCAUGGUGGACCAAUAUACCUCACGGACUGGGGCUGGAGCCCCUGGAUGAACCACUCCCCACUCAGUUUUUCCUUCUUAGGUUGCUAGCCAUGAGUUUGUGUAUGUGUGUGUGGCAGGAGGGAGGCUGUGGAUGUGUGUGUGGUGUGAGGCCUCGCUGCCCCCAGGUUCACCUGGCCACAGGUGUGCCCUGCCCACUCCCUGAGCCUUCCCCACAGCCAAGGGGGUUUAAGUUUGCAGAGUGAACAGGUUAAAUCUCCAGGGAGAGAGAGACAGGUCACAUUCUAAGUCAGCCUGCUGGAAACCAGGAUCCCUCCAGGGUCCAGGGCCCCAGGGAGCAGGGAGUAUGGAUGGGAAGCCGGGCUCGUGGAGGGCACUGUAUUUCAUAUUUCAGUGGAGUGGUUGAAACCAGCCAAGCUACUGAGCGCCAUGCACCGAUUUAGGUGCUAAACCAUUCAUUUUCCAUUUUCCACUGUUGAAUCCUAAAACGAGGAGUCUGACCUCCAUCCGGGGAGUCUGACUGUGUAUUUUGACAUUUCCUGCUAUCCUGCCAGGUGGCCAGUUCCUGGGGACGGUAAGGCUGUGGCCAGCACCCGGUCCAGCAGAAUCUACAGAGCCCAGUGCUUGCCUGGCCAGUGACGUCACAGAUGGGGCAGGCAGUUGGCCUAGUGGUCAAGACCCUGGUUGGGAUGGCCACGUCCCAUACUGGAGUGCCUGGGCUUGAAUCCCAGCUCUGCUCUCGACUCCAGCUUCCUGUUCGUGGGCACUGUGGGAGGCAGUGGGGGAAGGCUCAAGUGAUUGGAUCUCUGCCACCCUCCUGGGGGACCUGGAUUGAGUUCCCAGUUCCUGAUUCCCCACCCUUAACCCCCGCCCAGUGUCGGAGAUUGAACCAGUGGAUGGGAGUGCUCUCUCUCUCUCUCUAACAGAAAUUAAACUUUAAAUAGAAAUGUU